CUUUCCGCCGAUAAGACUGACUCAAAUUUGGAGUCAUAAUGAAUUGAUAUCAUUCAAUAUGAUUCGAUUAUUCCAGUGAUUUACAUAGAGUCAUCUAUCCACAGGAAUAAAAGACCUCGAAGUUCCCCAUCAUUUUCAUUUCCUCUCCUUUCUUUCCUUUUCACUUUCUUAUCAACAGAGGAGCCCGACGUCCAUUUUCGCCAUCGCUUUUUAUCACACAGAUACACCAAUACAAAGUACUUCUCAGACCAGGAGGCUAAGAAGCCCAUAUUGUAAGUGUUUCAAAGUCUAGUGGAUCUGAAAGUCGCUGAAGCAAUAUAGUUAUCCAACUACAUUUCUUCGAGUACGGAGUUGCUACGUUAUUCCUCACUUUUUGAUUAUCGUUAUCCUACAUAAAUCAAUACUGCAUGUAUUAAUUGAUCCCUUCUUAUGAUCCGUCAAAGACUGACCUGCAUUCAAAGAUAAACCAUAAGGCAUAUCUCUUCGAGCACUUGCAGAAAGAUAACAGCCGAAACUCCUUCAUCAUGUCGGAUCCAGACUCACCCUCUAUCCGGAUAUUCUUCGAUUGUGCAUGCUUGAAAGGAGAAGAACGCAUAUUUGAAAACAGCGAUCCUGUGAUAAUCUAUGUAUCGCAUCGAUUGAGAGUAUGUAGGCGUUGCAAUCAAAAUGAAGUAAAUGGCAUGAACACUUCAAUCGAGGACGCCGUUACUAAAGAGGCAGAAAAGAUUGUUGAGGCCUACUUGAAAGCUUUCAACCAUUUGGGCCGCUGGGGAUUUAGACCAAAAGGAGAAGGCCAUGAGGAUAUUCGCAUUAAUGGGAUACUUAUCUGGAUUAAAAAGUUACAAGAAGGCUUGACGGAUCUCGAACGCGAUCAGCCUGGUUUCGUGAAUUUGGGUAACGAUGAAAUGAUUGAGAGACCGCAGUAUUGUUUUGCAGGUCAAGCUCCUUACUUUUUGUCUGACUUAAAUGAUUCCGAGUUGCUACAUAAACACGUGAGCAAUAUUCGACAUGCCCAAACGGAGAUAAUCCAGAAAGCUGCAAGAGCUCAGGCGGGUCUAGAAGAAAAAGGAUUUAUGGUGCAAGGCGAGUUUAUCAAGGUAGCUGAGAAGAGAAAGAACAACUGCAUCACGAGCGGUGACUACAUCGAAAUGGUUCCGGAUUGGGAUUUUUUGGAGGUGAUAGAUCGGUGUGUCGUGGAUCUCAUAAAUGUAGUGUGGGAACUGAAGGACGGGAAACCUGUACAAGUUAAUGAGACGGGGUUGCGGGUUCCCUCAACAAUAGUCAUGGGAUGAUUUUAGGCCAUCGGAGCGCCAGGGGAGAGCUAAUACAUCCUAAGGAGUAAAGCAAGGUUUAGCGUAGAACUAGUGGAGGAGUUAAGAUAGUAU